ACAGCCUCACAGCCCAGCCCAUCUAUCGAAGGCAACCCCCGGUCGGCCCAUCCCCACCAAUUUCCCCUGCUUCCUCGCUAGAACCCUAGCCGCCGCGCCAGAAAGAACCGGGGAAGGGAAGUGACGCUGUGGUCUGCUCCGGCUGUCGAAUCCUAUCGCCUCCUUCUUUCCCCCGGAGAAAGCAACCCCGUCUUCGUCGUCGCCGUCGUGCCGUUCCGGCGGAAAUGGGGAAGGCGAAGCGGGCGUCCAUCUUCAUCAGGCUCGUGUCGGCCGCCGGCACGGGGUUCUUCUACGUGAAGCGCAAGAACCCUCGCCGGAUCACGGAGAAGCUCGAGUUCAGGAAGUAUGACCCCCGCGUCAACAAGCACGUCCUCUUCACGGAGGCCAAGAUGAAGUGAGCAGCGCGAGAUCUUCUUAGGCCGGAAGCUUAAUAAUAACAUCGUCGAGUCAUGGAAUGGACCAGGGGAGAAGAAUGCAUUGUGUUUUGUUCUUCUUUUUUCCUUUCUUUGCAUGUACUGUACUGUCUCUGGACCGAGGAGCUGCAGUGCAUUGCUGUUCGCUUGUUCCACUUCUUCAUCAAGCUACUGUGUUCAUCGUGCCGACAGAUUUGACAGCCCGCGGGUCCGUGUCCAACCGACGCAAGUAACUAUUUGGCAUUUGUGAUGUCUCUCUUGUUGAAAAAUAUACAUGUUGAGAUUGCUCACUUGAUCUGACUUAGUAGCAUACUUCAGUUACUAGUAAAUGUGUAACAAUUUCCUGUUCUUGUACAUUUUUUGGAGACUAA